CGCUUCCGCGUCGGCGACAGCAUAGGCGUGACGUCACCGCGCCCUGACGUCAGGCCAACGUGCAGCCGGGUCGCCCGGGAGACAGGGGAAGCCGUUUCAUAUGUCUCCUGAAGAAACAGUUUGUAAAUACUGUGGUGUCAGCUAUCUAAUUCUUCAUGAAUUUAAGGCUAUGAAAGAAAAACUGAAAGCAAUGGAAGAAGAAAUGAAAUUGUAUCAAGGAAGUCUUGAACGAGAAAGGAGACUCCAAGAAAAGCUGCAGUCUCUUAGCCAGGAGCUUGACAAGUAUAAAACUGACUGUGAAUCCAAAAAUGAAAGAAUUCAAGAUGCAGGCAUGCAGCUAAAAAAGCAACAAAAUGAAUUUCAGAGAGUACAGCAAGAAUUAGGUCAUCUACAACAUGAGUUAAAAGUUAAACAAAAACAAUCCAAAGUCUUCAGUCAAAGAUUGUCAGAAUACAAAUACUUCUGGAAUAAGACCCUUUUAUUACUUACUUUUACUAAAAGGGAACUAACCAGUAUUAAAUAUGAAAUAUGUGAUAAUUUUCAAAACUGGACUUCACUGAAAGGAGAAGUUUUUCUACAGAUUAAAUCUAUAAGUGACACAGCCUUGGCAGAGAUAGAUAAGUUAAAUAAAAGUCUGACAGUUUCCCAGAGAAAUAAGAUAUGCCUGGAAGAGGAAAUGAAAAAUCUCAAAUUGUUGUCGGAUACAGCCAUAUUGAGGUCUCAGCAGAUGGAGGCGUCAAAGCAACAUGAAGUAAACUUGCAAGCCAGGUGCUACGGUCUGCAGAAGGAAGCCCUAGACUUACAGUGUCAAGUAGAGAACCUUGGGUUGAGACUUCAGAAGACAGUGAUGGAGCUGGACAACUGUAAAGAGAUGCUCAUGAAAAAAUCUAAUGACGCUGAUAACUGUCAAAGAGAACUUAGAAAACUGAAGUUUGAGUCUGUUAUUUCUGAGUCAAGGCACAAUAGGUUACUUAAAGAAAAAGAAGACUCUUUAAUUUCUUGUCAACAACUGUAUAAAACUCUACAGGAAGAGCUGACUACAAAAGAAAGGCAAGAAGAAGAUAUCAAAAGAAGAAUCAACCUUGCAGAAAAUGAACUAGAAAUGACCAAAACUCUCCUGCAUCAGACACAGGAAGAAAUUUUAACCCUGAAAAAUGAAAGGGAAUUGAUGCUGGUUGCCCAUCAGAAAAGCAUCGAGCAGAUGCAGGAAACCCUGAGACAGAAGCUGCUGAGUGAUGAUAGCUGGAGGGAGAAGAUUGAAGCUGAGCUCACCAAGGAAAGAGCCAGGCAUCUCAUUGAAUGCCAAGAGCAAGCUCUUCUCUUUAAGAAAGAAGCUAAACUGGAACUCGACAUUGAAAAAGAAAAACACCAGGAGAUAAUCCGGAAGUAUCAGCAAGAACAAGAGAGCCUCCAAAUGAAGAUAGCCGAAUUGAUCGCAAGCGCUACAAAAGACCUGAGGCUCGAAGUGGCCUCUCUCCACGAAAAGCUCCGUGAAUCCCAGGCACGAUACACUGAAGAGUCGGAGUCCAAGAAAAAAGAGAUUGAAGACCUGAAAAGUGUGGUUGCAGAAUUUGAGUGUCGCCUGAAGCAGGAAACCAGCCAUGAUGAUUCAGUUUCAGAAGACUUGAAGAAGGAAAUGAAACAGAAGUCAGAUGAACUGGAAAGAGUAAUGCUGGCCCAAACACAGCUGCAGCAGCAGUUUAGCCAGUCCCAGGAAGAGAACACUUUUCUCCAGGAAACAGUGCGCAGAGAGUGUGAAGAACGCUUUGAACUGACAGAGGCUUUGAGUCAAGCCAGAGAACAGCUCCUGGAGCUCAGGAGGAAUGGAGGAAGCUUACCGUGUUCCCUCAACAAGGGCACCCUAACCUACCCUGCCACCGCUGUCAGUAAUCACCAUGAGCGAAGCAGCAGCGUGAGACAGAACUGUGGACGAGGCACUAACACACCCAGCCUGCAUGGACUGCCAAAACCCACUGCUUCCCCAACCCGGGAUAGGCUCAAGAAGGUCAGCAGCUCCGGGCUGCCCGCCCUUCCCCAGCCAUAUCCUUCCAGGGGCCGAACAUCCUCGGUAAAUGAGUCCAGGCAGAGGCUGACUGCCAUCCUUCUCCGAAGGCUGAGUCAGCAGUGAUGGCCUGAGCCAGGAGCAGUUCUGCCCACGGCGUACACACCCUUUCACAGCAUGCCAGAGACUCACUGCAACCGGGUGCCCGGAAACAAAUGUGUCUGUAGAUAUAUUUAACAAGCAAUGUAAAAGCUAGGAACCGUGGAGCCACAUUUCUCAAAGGGCCUUGGAAAUUGCAACAUAUAAUGAAGUUGUACUCCAGAGGGUUGACUUCUACCUUCAUGUAUAUAUUGUAUGCUCUGCGAGUCUGGCCUUUUCGGCUUCUCCCCCUCAAUCACUUCCUGUCUCUCAUCCUCCCCUCCCUUCCUGCUUUCCUUUCAUAACAAGCAGAUCAUCUCCACAAAAAGUAGAUUACAUUGGUUUAAUUGGUAUUUGUUCAUUUGUUUAUUGAACUAAGUAGAUGUGAUAAGUACUCCAAAUAGGAAAAGAAAGUCUUUCAUUUGCAAAGUUCUUCCUUCAAAUACUCCCAGAGUAAUAACCAUCAUCAAAGGCCCCUUUCUCUCAGCCUACCUGGUUAUCUGACUGCUCUGUAGGCUGGGUCGGAAGUAAUAACAGAAAGCCUCAUGGAAGACCAUCUACCAAGAAGCUGGGGGCCUGCUACAAAAUGAUGGUGACUCCCAUUCAGGGAAAAGUGAUUUGAUUCUCAGAUUAUGAGUAAUAUUUCAGAAAACAGAAGACAUGACCGUGAAAAUAUUUCUUGGUGGCUAUUUUCUUUACUGAAUGAUUUCUGGGUAUCCAGCUGAGUUGUAUUGAACUUCCAUUCUCCAGCCAUUGGGAAGAAACUAACACAAGGCGGCUUAGUAAAAGGAACGGGAACGUAAAGCUAAUUUGGAUUCAAAAUUGAUUACCCUUCGAAAUGGGUAACUGAUUACAGUGUCUAUUCUCGGGGUGAGAAUGGAAAAACAGGGUCUGCUAUUUUAAGUUAUCUUAAAGCUACCAGCUCACAGGGUAGUUCUUCUUACCUCAGGCUAGUGCGCCUCUGGCUUCUCCAUCUGAUAUUUGUCUUUAUGUUUUGGAGGGGUGAAAAAACAACUUAAAUCCUCCACUUGCUUUGUCAUGGAUGUUCAGCUUUCUCCUUCUCUUGUAAGGAAGACAGUAACACGUGUAACUAUAGCACAGUAAAUUAUAUGUUUUGCUGCAGUAUUGAAAAAAAAAAAAAAAAAAAAA